AUGUCCCACAAUGUCAGGCCGGAAGUAGCUGGAAGAGACACAGGCACGCUGAUGGUGAAUGGGAUUCUGGGAGAGUCAGUUACUCUCCCCGUCGACAUUCCAGAGUCACAGAAAGUUAUGAACAUCGCUUGGAUUUCCAAAUCAUCGGUUGCGGUUGUACAGCCAGGAGAGUCAGGAAGCGCACCUAGAGUUACCGUGACCCAUAAAAAUUAUUUUAACAGACUACACGUCGUAAAUCAGAGCUACAGUCUGGUGAUCAGCAGUCUGAGGAUGGCAGAUUCAGGGUUCUACCAAGCCGACAUAAAUAUACUCUCCAAUGACUUUACCAUAACCAAGAACUACACCCUGCAAGUCUACCGUCGGCUGGAGAAGCCAAAAAUUACACAGAGUUUAAUGAUUCAUAUGAAUAGCUCCUGUAAUGUCACACUGACCUGCUCUGUAGAGAAGGAAGAAAAAGAUGUGACAUACAGAUGGAGUCCCCUGGGAGAAGGUAAUAUCCUUAGAAUCUUCCAGACCCCUGAGGACCAAGAGUUGACUUACACUUGUACAGUCUGGAACCCUGUCAGCAACAACUCUGGCUCCAUCGCUGCUCAGCAUCUAUGUGCAGACAUCACAAAUAAUCACCACACUGGGUUGCUGAGCGGACUGAUUGUGCUCUUUCUCGUUAUCAUUCCACCAGUGCUUUUGUGCUAUUUGUACAAGAGAAGACAAGGUCCCUGCUUGAAGACCUUGAAGGAGAGCUCAGAUACCUUUUCCAAUAAAAUAGUGUAUGAACCCAUCACGGCUCAAAGAAAUACCCAGCUAGCAGAAACUAGAGUCUAUGAUGAAGUCUCCAUGCCCAAGGUGCUUCCCUCUAAAGAAGAGCCAAAGAACACGGUUUACUCCAUCGUACAGUUCACUGAUAAGAUGGAGAAAACCAGCACAUGUGGCAGCAAACCUCUUGGGACUUCAAGCUACGAAACUGUGAUCUAGACUGCAGGCAACAUUCUUUCUCCAAAAACUGAACUACAGUCACCUCUACUGGCCAGGACCAGACUCUGAUCAGAUCUUACCAAGGCACUGCAAACCUUCACAUGCUGUGGGGUACCAGCCCCUACAAUUGAGUGGGUCCAGGGGCGGUUGUGUGAUUGAGGGGCAGGUAAAAUUGAAGAGCUAGCAGACAAAAUAAAGCACGAAGUGCUCCCCUCCAGGACCGCCAUGACUUCAAGAGCCAAGUCCUCACAGAGAGAAUGUACUUCCAAGCAAAGCUUAUAUACGUACACUCUAGGGGCGUGUAAGCCCCCGAAUUACAGGUCGCUACAUACAUAACAGGAAGGGGUUGUACAAUAGACUCAUGUGUAACAGAAGGGGGCUGAUCUAGGGGUAUGCACGCAAUAGGAAGGGAGGCACUAGAGGCACACAUGCGACGGGAAAGCACGAAG